GUCAUAAUGCUAUUCGCCUACUGCGGCAUCUUUGGCGUGGAUGCGACACAAUGGAUCUCUGACGUCACUAUUCCCAUGAGUGCAACAUCUGAAUUCACGGGCGAGGUUGCCGAAGCAAACCAAGGCAGCAAUUGUCCCGCCUCGGUGCACUGCAUUAAAAAUGCCAUGGAUAACAACCCCAUGACCAAGUGGAUUGCUAAUUCCAGCGCAAACGAGGAGAUUGCGUUCGACGUCCUAACGCCGAUAUACUUAGACGCUAUUUGCAUUAAAUACUCAGAAGGUAGAAUUGGUAAUAUCAGUAUUUCUGUUAAAACGCAACAAAUGCAUUCCUGGAUUUACGUUACACCGUUGCUUCUAUUAAAUAGCACUGGUUACAGCGUACGAUACCUCAUCGCAAAUCUCGAACUACCAUACGAGUUUCGCUACUUCAAGAUUUCUAUCCUAGACACGUACGCAGCGGAAAUGAAUAUUGGAAUCUCGGAUAUUUACUUUCGGAUAAAAGGUGAGUGCACUGACAUGUGUAAUGUUAACGCUUACUGCGAUACUGGAGGCGCAACUCCGACAUGUGUAUGCCGAGAUGGGUGGUUGGGAGAUGGCAUUUAUUGCUACCAUGGUCCUCUAGCAAGUGCAAUGCUGAACAGAUAUGGAUGUAGACUUACGAUUAUUUUGGGAGGUCUUCUCUCGCCUACAGGUGACAUUUUCGUUAAUUUUUUUCUAGGCCUUGGGUUUGGCUUGUCCUACACUCCAUGUGUUAUCAUGGUCGGAAGGUAUUUCAACAAGUGGCUCUACCUGGCAACAGCGGUGGCUUGCACUGGAGAGGGCCUAGGUCUUGUUCUGUUCCCUAUCAUUUUCGAAAAACUAAUCGAGGAAUACCAUUAUGAUGCUGUUUAA